GACCAUAUUAAAGGAUACACCCAGACCCAAAACAUAGCCAUAUUCUCAUGUUCGUUUCCGGCAUCUGAACGAAACGCAGAUUGUGCCUGACCUCCCUGCCUUUCUCUAAAACCUCUUUCACUCGUUCGUUCAUCAUCAAGACGAUGCCGUAUUGCGAGGUCGGGUCGCGGCAGAAUGCCACUGGCGACAAGCUCAACAAUGGAAUCCAAAUUUUCUAUAGAACCUACGGUCAGGGACCGACCAAGGUCCUCCUCAUCAUAGGAUUGGCGGGGACUCACGAUUCAUGGGCCCCACAAAUCCAGGGACUGACAGGGUCCGUUACACCCAAUGAUGAUGAUGAAAGGAGGGCCGCCGAUGGCUGUGACAAUGAGGCUGGUUUUAGUGGCGGUGGGAUCGAGGUCUGUGCCUUCGAUAACCGUGGUAUGGGUCGGAGCUCCGUGCCCACCAAAAAAUCCGAAUAUACAACAAAAACAAUGGCAAAGGAUGCAAUUGCUCUGAUGGAUCAUUUAGGCUGGAGAGAAGCCCAUGUUUUCGGGCAUUCCAUGGGAGCUAUGAUAGCCUGCAAAUUAGCAGCAAUGGUGCCUGAUAGAAUUUUGUCAUUGGCUUUGCUUAAUGUGACUGGAGGAGGUUUUGAAUGUUUACCAAGGCUUGACCGACACACAUUAUCAAUUGCUGUCCGUUUCUUAAGGGCAAAGACUCCUGAGCAAAGGGCAGCUGUUGACUUGGACACCCACUACUCCAAGGGAUAUCUUGAGGAAUAUGUUGGAUCCAACACGAGAAGGGCAAUUUUAUAUCAAGAAUAUGUAAAAGGCAUAUCAGCAACUGGGAUGCAGUCUAACCAUGGUUUCGAGGGUCAAGUCAAUGCAUGCUGGACGCAUAAGAUGAAACGAAUGGAAAUAGAAUUGAUCCGCUCUGCAGGAUUUCUUGUUUCAGUCAUUCAUGGAAGGCAUGAUGUCAUUGCUCAAAUAUAUUAUGCAAGGCGACUGGCAGAGAAGCUGCACCCUGUUGCUAGAAUGGUAGAUCUUCCUGGAGGGCAUCUAGUGAGUCAUGAGAGGACGGAAGAGGUCAACAAAGCUCUUAUUGAGUUGAUCAAGGCAUCAGAAGCAAAAACAGAGCCACAUGAUUGGACAAAUUUGCCUGAAAAAAGUUUGGGGUGGAUGGCUACAAGAAUGUCGCUAAUCAGAAAAAGAACUGGUGAAGGGAACAGUGUAUCUUUCAUGUGCAAUAUGUUCGAAAAGCUACAUCUUUGCCUCUUAUACCUCUUUGGCCUCUUUGCAUUGGCAUUUGAGAAUGCAAGGAGAACUUUCAGAAGUAUGAAACCAGCUAGAAUUGGACAUUCCAUCACAUAGGCUGAGACAAGAUAGCCACUAGACCAACAUGUUUUACUGGGGUUUAUCAAUUUUUCAUUUUGUUGGCAAUUUGGCACUGCCGAAUGUAUUUAAGCGGUUGGCGCUCCCAAGUAAAUGUGGUGAAGAGUUCCCACUGCGAGUAUAAGCCAGAAUUUAUAGGCAAUACAGACAUGUUGCAGAUGGAGGCAGGAAUGGAGAGAGAUCACAAGGGCCAAUAUUUAGGCAGAUCCCAAUCCUCAUUCACUUGCAACAUACGAUGCUAAUUCAUCCAUUUAUUAUUUGUACUUUACCACAACGAGUCCUUACAAAUGGCACCUUUUACAGAACACAGAUUAAGCCUCCAGAAUGAGAGGGAAAAAUAAUAGGGGGUUUUCUAUUUGUAUCCAUCUUUCUGCUAUUGUAUCAACUUUCCCUGCAAAAAGUUCCCAUUUUACAUAUA